AAUUUAACUGGGCUAUUACUACUAAUUGUUGACAGAUAAUGAUUUGAAUUGAACUCUCGAUUAAUUACACAUACACGCAUCGCUUGUCAGUCAUUCGAGUAGAGGUUAGAACACUACUCUUCGGUGGAGGUUAUUUUUAUUAUCGCGAUUGUUUUUAAAUUAGUUCUUUUACAGAUUUUUUUCGAAAUCUAGCGAAAUGAUAAUGUAAAUACACAAUGAACGUGUUACUAAUAUUGUGUUUAUUUUUUGUAGCUAUUUACUCAUGCGUUUCUUGGUCAGUUUAGUGAACAACUCGAAGUCGGUACUUUUUUGUUUUUGUUAUUGUUUGUUGAUGUUAAAUUUUUGUAUUGUACCUUUUUAGGCUCUUGCCGGCUCUGUUAUCGUGGCUUUUUAAAAGAAAAUAUCAUAUUAACUUGAAAAUAGGUAGAAUUUCGGUGUUAAAAUUGAUUCUAAAGGAUGUUAGUUUGUCUAAAGAUAGAUAUUUUGUGCACAUUGAUGAAAUCUCAUUCCGCAGCAGUUUUUUUAAUUCUGAGAUAAAUAAGUUGGUAUGGGUGAUUAUCAAAGGUGUUGAGAUCACUAAUAAUGUUGAAUCUAAGCGUAGUGUGAUGGUAGACACGAUUCUCAAACCCUUGUUGUCAAAGCAAAACUCUCUCAACAAGGAUGGGGUAGAAGAUGACACAGUAAAUCUCAGAUCCCUAAGCAGAGGACUUGGUGAACUCAGCCAAGCAAAAUUAUUAGAUUUCAGAGAAAAAAAGUUGCCUCCCAGUUUGAUUAUGUUUGCACAGGUAUACAAUUGAAUAAUCGGUAUAACUGUCUAUAAAUUACAUAAUUUUCCCAUAAAAAACAGACUCAUAUAAACUAUGUUAUGUAUAUCAUUGACAGUUUAUGGGAGUACAUGUUUUCAAUGCUUCUGUUACUUUACGAGAUGGGGCAUUGAGUAAUGGUUCCAUCAAUGUCACUGCAUCUGAAGUACAUGCCGAUGGUGCAGCAGGUGGACCGGCACGAGCUCUAGUAUUUUCUGCCAAUUUAGUGCAGCUAACUGUUAAGGUGUUCAAGGAAACAAAAUGUCUUGGAGAAGGAAGCUGUAGUUUGUUGAUUGAAGGCACUGUCAAAGCUGAUGGACCAUUGAAUGUAGAGAAAAUCCAUGCUUCAAUAAAUAAUACAACAAUUGCAAUUCAAGACGAACUUUAUCAAUUUGUACAGAAACAAAAAAAAUAUAAACCUGCAUCAAUCAGAAAAGAUGUGAUUUGUGAAGACCAUAUUGCUACUCUUAUCCCACGGCUAUCACCUGUGAUACCAAAGAUAUUUAGUUUAAGAAUUGACACAACAACAGUUAAAUGCAUAGAUAACAUUACAAAAACUAAUUUCAAAAUAUCUCUACAGAGUUUGCAUGUAAGUUAUAUUAUUUUUUAUUACAUUUUCUCUUAUUUGUUAUAUGACCGUGGCAGAGUUUAUAACUUAAAUAGCAUCUUAAUUUAUUAUUUAGAACUAGGCUGCUAACUUGAUCAGCAGCGAGCGCCAUAAAAUAAUAUUCACAAUACAUAAUUUUUUCUUAAUUUGUUAUUCA